UAAUAAUAUGGCUUUAAAUCCACCAAUUACUUAAACAGGAGUUCCGUUAAAAGUAGACCAAGAGUUCUUUAUAUUACAUAGAAACGAAAUGGAAGGAGAUUUCAAAAUUGAAAAUAGGGGUAAGUUUAAAGCUAAAGGAAGAGUAAAAAAUUUUCUUUAAAUUAGGUAUUUCUAACAACAUGUAGAAUAGUUUUUGUAAAUUAGAACUAUUAAAAGGAUUCUUUUAAGUCUUUUGAUAUUCCUUUGGCCUAUCUAAGUGCAGAGAAAUUUGAAUAACCACUAUUUGGGAAUAAUUACUUUGAAGGGAUAGUGGAUCCUUUAUACAAUCUACUACCAGGAAGAACUAAAUUUAAAUUGUGGUUCUAAGCAGGGGGUUAGAAUAAAUUAAUAUAUUAGGAUGUGAUAGGUUUCUAAAAAUAGUGGUUGGUUUAUUAGCACAUAUUAGAAGAUAUAGAAAUUAAGGUUAAAGAGUUCCUGAUGCUCGUGUGUUGGAAAACUUUGCAAGAAAACAAUGUUAAAUUAUUAUUGAUCCAAAUGAUCCCAGUAUUAUCUAUGUGCAAUAGCCUACUUUUAAUUAAUAAUCUUAUGGAAAUACGUCAGGAGGCAUUCCGUAAAAUUAAAUUUAGGUUUCUCCAAUAGGUGUUCCUAUUAAUGGAAAUCAAUAAUAACAAUAAUAAUAAUUCUAAAUGAAUGCAAACUAUUAACAGCCUCUUUAAGGCUUUUAAUAAUUUUAGCAGAUUCCACAAUAGAAGAUACCAUAAUAACAGAUACCAUACUAGCAGAUACCAUAAUAUCAGAUACAGAUACUUCAAUAUCAGAGACCAUAAUAGUAGAUACCACAAUAUCAGAUACCAUAAUAGUAGAUGACACUAUAGCAGAUGUCAUAAUAGCAAAAACCACAAUAGUAGAUGCCAAUAUAUUAGACACCAUAGUAGAUACCGCAAUAUCAGAUGCCUUAAUAGCAGAUACCACAAUAAUAGGUACCACAAUAGAAUAUCUAAAAUGGACUUUAAAUAGGUAUUCCUAUAAAUUACAACUAUGGGUAUUAAGAAUAGCCCAGAUCAAAUUAAAAUCAAUGUUAGACACAAUAACCAUUUCAGUGUAAUACUUAAAUCCCCAAUCCUUAGGUUUAAAAAAGCUCUGAAUGGGAUAAUUAAAAAUUGGAUUAGCGUAUAAAUCCGUAAAUUUAAGCUAAUGAACUAGAGAAUUAAUAAUCAAAAGAAAGUUAGGAUUAGCCAUAAAAAUAAGUUAUUCAGAAUUAGGUUUCUGAAAUUUCCUAAAAUUAGAAUUAAUUAUAGCCUUCUCAAGUAUAAGAUCCUUAAAAAUAAUCUCCAACGUAAAACAAUGACUCGACCUAAUAAGAUGAACUUGAAUCAGAUUAAGUUCGAAAUCAACCAAAUACAGAUUAUUAUUUUGGUUUAUGGGGUCCACAACUACAAUCUAAAUAAAAUGAAAUAUUGUGAAAAUUUAAUCAGAU